CGAAAGAAGGAUAGUCUGCAAAAAAAACAAAAGCAAUAUUUAAUAAAAAUUUUGAUAAUAUAGAAACAACUGUGCAGAAAGGGCCAGUGCAAUUUUUUCUGACAAUAUAAGUAACAGAGAUUAUGAUUCAAUGACUUAUAAGUAGAAAAUAGAUUGAGGGUUUUAACUUUGGAUGACAUGAAGAAAGGAGAGUAUAUAUUUGAGGAUGGUGCGAGCUUUGACAGCGAAGCGACAUCAUCACCUUUGGCUCAUCCAACCAAAGAUCGUCCAAAAUUCCAAGCAAGAAAUAACCUUAAAGUCGAAAACAAACCAAAACACGUCUUAAACAAAAUACGACGGCAAGCAUCCGAUGAAAAGUUUUAUGAGCCAAAACCUACUGUAAAACCAAGGCCAGCUAAACGUCCGAAACCAGUCAUCGGGACCAAACCACCCAUAUUAUCGCCUAAGCCGAAGCGCAGCGAUAAACAUAUUAACUUCUUAGAUAAAUCAAACGAAAAAGUAAAUGAAUCAAAUUCUGGACCUUUGGUUAACAAAACUAAAGGUCAUGCAUUUGUUCUCCCCCCACUGCCUUCCGUAAACCAACAUAAAGGAACAACUCCGAAGUAUAAAGUCCCCGAAAUUCGUAAUCAAUCGAAGGUCGAUAGUUAUGUACCAAAGAAAAACGUACCACCACCCCUGUCCCCAAGACCAGUAAGAUCAUCUCAUAAUAAUAACAUUUCGAAAACUAAGCCUUCUGCAGAAAAACAGAAAGACUUUCAUGGUGAGAAAUUAACAAACCAUACCGAAGAGUCUAAAAAAGAAACAGCAAAGUUAACUGAAAUGGAGAUUGAUAAAAAGAAGGACCACGUUGUUACGGAACCCUCAUUGGAUACAGAGUUGGGGGAAAAGAAUAUACUGAGCAGGGAUGAAAAAUGCCCGGAAAUUCCGACCAACAAAAAAGCAGGAUGUAGUUCAAACUUUAUAAAUCAGAAUGCACCAACAAAAACAAAUGAUUGCAACGAUAUGAACUCAGAUCUCAAAAAGGUUAAGAAAAAAGGAAGUCCUGCUGAAGGGGAACAAUUCAUUACAAAAACUACAGAUGCGAACACGACAAAAGCGAAAAGCGACAGCAAAACCAACCCGUUUUUAAAAGGCAUAAGCAAAUUCACUGAUUCAGUUAGCCCACCCAUGGCACGGUUUAAGAAAUACGAUAGUUUAGAAGAAAAACAGAGCUGCGCAGAUCCGGAUGAAGAAAUAAAUGAAAUGAUACAAGACAAGGGGAAAAACAAAACCACAACAGAGACAAAAAAAGGUCCUGGAAAAUUAACCUUUUCACCCUUCGCUUUUAAGAAGGAAAAAACAGCAAGUGUUUCUACGAAUAAAUUCACCAAACUAGACAGUUCACCAAAAGUUAGCCGAAAGAUGGAUAACAAAAAUGCUUUAGAAUCAGAUUCUGUACAUAAACUUGAAACAAAGACACAGAACUUAGAACUAGCAAAUACAACUGACUUUUCUAAAGAUAAAGAUACAACGAAAGAUAGAGAAAAGGACGACGGGAAAAUAGACGAUGCAAUGAAUUCUGGAUCAGAGAAACUAAACGCAAAUGCAAACAUAGAAAAAAGUCAACCUAAGAAGGAAGGUGGAGUGUAUAAGAAACUUUCAUUUGAUGAUUUGUAUUCUCCUCCACAUAUGAUAAGGUCUUAUUCUCUUGUCACGUACACACCAAAACCAGCGAAAAGAAGAGUCGAUGCGCACGGUAGGAUAAUGGACAAACGCGGAAGUGCACAGAAUGAUAUUGUGCGAUCGUUAUCACCAGCGAUGAAGUACGAGGAAAGAAUAAUGAAUGGGGCACCCUGGAAGGAGAAAGUCAAGGAAGAAGAAGAACAUCUGUUGCUUGAUAACAGUGAAAGAAGAAGACAUACUUUUAGUCAGCCAUCGACAAAGGGGUUUAUAUCAAGGUCACACCCAAACGGGAAAUCUUCAGACAAGGUAAAUUUGAUAAGUCAAGACUCAACAGAUGACGAAAGCGACGAGGACUUACUGCUGAAUAAGCAAAUCCAAAAUUCGGAACGCCUUAAAACAGAAAAUAAAACAAAAUCGAAGAAAAUAUUUGGUAUAUUAAGGAAGCAUAAUGCAGAAGAGUAAAUUGACUAUGAUAUACAUAUAUAAUUAAAAUUACGUUAUUUAAUGAGUAUUAGCACUUUUGGAAACAUUAAAUUUUGAAGGCGUAGAAAAUUCUUUAAAACCGUCGUUUUUUUCUUUCGGAGCAUUUUUUGAGAAAAAAUCGACCCUGGGAUUUCACGUUCCUCCGUCACAGAUGUAAACUUCGUACCCAAGCUCCUUAACUCCUGGGAAGUCUCGUAUUGACGUUUCAGGCCAAAAUUGGUAUUUGUUUUCGACAAAAUUUGGCACAGUUAACAAAAAAAGUAUGCUGAACAUAAUGGUGACAUAAUAAUUUUGAUUUUUUUACCUAAAUGUCAUUUAAGGCCAAAAUUGGUCCAAAAAUUAAAACUACUUUAUUUUUAACAAAAUUUGGCACAGUAAACAAAUAAAGUA